AUGGACUUCCUCAAAGUUCUCGGCCUGAUCUCCGGCAUCAUAGGCUUCUGGUCCUUUGGCGAUAACAUGUUCCCAGAGCAAAAGGACAUGUAUUCCAACUACAAGGUCUUCGUUGGCAUUGACGGUACUGCAAACCCCGGCGACCCCGGCGAGUGCUGCCUCACGGACGCUGGCGGUGACAUUUACUACUCCAAGGUGUUCAACAGCUACGGACUCGAAAUCGGCCACGGUGGUCAGUUUCCCAAACUCAAGUCAGGCUCGGACGAGACCAUUACCAUGUGGCAGGUUCUUCCUCAACAGGCGGCCACCGUCGAGCUCUUCGCAGGCAAAGACGCCGUUUGCAUCGCAGCGAUUGGCGCAACGCUCCAUGACGGCACUCAUUGGGGCUGGGUCGGCGAUUGGGGAAAGAUAUGCGGCAUCGACUGGUAUUACAGCGGUAUUAUGCAACCCCAAUGGGACAACAACAGCCCCCUGUGCACCUGGAUCGACGCAGACCACUCCAAGGGCCUGAAAGCCGGCGGAAUAGCCAUCACCUGGACCGGCUUCACGAACACCGUCCUCCCCGUCGACGGUGGCGUAGCAAGGUGCGGCACCUACUUCGGCGCGUGGGACAAGGAAGGCGGCAAGUCGGUCAUCAACGCGACCGCGGACAGCAAACAGCACCAGGCCGCGAACGGUGACGAGUCAACCCGCCGCCGGCGACUCAACAACGACCGCCGCCUCGUAGUCAGCUCCUUGCCUGCCCACAGCGCGGACGAGCUCUGUCGGCACCCAACCUCCCGUGGGCCUAGCUUCGUGUCUCUGGCGGAGGGCACUCACUGCAACAUGGAGACCCGGGAGAUCCUGCCGCUCUGUGCGGAUGGCCUGACGACGGGCUGUUUCGAUCUCGAGGCAGAGACGGGCGUGGACCGCACCUCGUCGUUUGGGCGCCGUUCAGGUGUCGGUUCACUCAAUGCGAGCCGCGUCAUCUACUGGUAG